CGUCAGGAGGAUUUCGGGAAAUAGGAGCGGUAACCGCCUCCGUCCGUGGUUGGCUCUGAGGCUGUGAAUCUUCUGGCCCAGAAGAAGGACUGGCGAGUCCCCGUGGCUGGUAGUGUGAAGUCAUGGCUAUCCUGUUUGCUGUUGUGGCGAGGGGCACAACCAUCCUUGCCAAACAUGCCUGGUGCGGAGGAAACUUCCUGGAGGUGACAGAGCAGAUCCUGGCAAAAAUACCGUCUGAAAACAACAAACUGACCUAUUCACAUGGGAAUUAUCUGUUUCAUUACAUCUGCCAGGACAGGAUUAUAUACCUCUGCAUCACAGAUGAUGACUUUGAACGAUCCAGAGCCUUCAACUUCCUGAAUGAAAUCAAGAAGAGGUUUCAGACCACAUACGGCUCAAGAGCACAGACAGCCCUUCCCUAUGCGAUGAACAGCGAGUUCUCAAGUGUCUUAGCUGCGCAGCUGAAAUACCACUCGGAGAGCAAGGGCACUGACCAGGUGGCAGAGACGCAAGCUCAAAUCGAUGAACUUAAAGGAAUCAUGGUUCGAAACAUAGACCUGGUGGCACAAAGGGGAGAGAAGCUGGAGUUGCUGAUCGAUAAAACAGAGAAUCUUGUGGAUUCGUCAGUCACUUUCAAAACUACCAGCAGGAACCUCGCUAGAGCCAUGUGUAUGAAGAACCUCAAGCUUACCAUCGUCAUCAUCAUUGUAUCACUUGUUAUCAUCUAUAUCAUUCUAUCGGCGAUCUGUGGUGGGCUUGCGUGGCCGAGCUGCGUGCAGAAGUAACUGGAGGCAGCUGGUGCUGGUCAUCUGGAGAUGAGAAUCACAGGAGGGUGAAGAAGCAACCUACGGAAUAACUCUUAAUCUCUCACUACUGACACCUUCUCAUUCUUCCAUCCCUCCAGGACUUCAGACUUUUUUGCCUUAUCCCCCCGAACAGGCCCAGCUGGUCACUGCUUCCAUGCAGCUGUAACCUCAAGAAUGGGCUGUUUUAAAUUACUUGAAGGGAUUUUUUUGUUUCUUUUCUUGUCCCAACUACAACCUUCUCAGCUGGGUGGGCGGUACGUCCGGCGCUGGAGGGUUAUGUGCAUGCUCGCCCGUGUGUCCCGUGUAGCUUUGCACUUUCAUGUGAGUGUGGAAGUGGAGAGCAGUACCGCUGGCAGCUGUCCGACCCAUGAGGGGGGUGCUGGUGGGUCAGGAGGGGCUGAGCCAAACUAACGGGGAGGGACAAGACGGGUUUAUGUGAAUUUCUACUUUCUACAAAUACUGGAGAUCCAGGUGCCUCUCCC